AAGGGUUGCCAUAGAGAAACAGCUCGGCCAGUUGGUUGUGUCGCCAUUUCUGGGCGACUCUUUUCCAGGGCUGCUCCUUCCUAACUAUGCCUAAAGUUGUGUCCCGGUCGGUGGUCUGCUCUGACACUCGGGAUCGCGAGGAAUAUGACGACGGCGAGAAGCCCCUCCAUGUCUACUACUGUUUGUGUGGCCAGAUGGUCCUGGUGCUGGAUUGUCAGUUAGAGAAAUUGCCCAUGAGGCCCCGGGACCGGUCUCGUGUGAUUGAUGCUGCCAAACAUGCCCAUAAGUUUUGUAACACCGAAGAUGAGGAGACUACGUACCUUCGGAGGCCUGAAGGUAUUGAACGUCAGUACAGAAAGAAGUGUGCAAAGUGUGGACUACCGCUCUUCUACCAGUCCCAGCCCAAGAAUGCUCCUGUGACCUUCAUCGUGGAUGGAGCAGUAGUGAAGUUUGGUCAGGGAUUUGGGAAUACAAAUAUAUAUACUCAGAAACAGGAGCCUCCUAAGAAGGUGAUGAUGACCAAACGGACUAAAGACAUGGGCAAGUUCAGCUCUGUUACUGUGUCUACCAUUGAUGAAGAAGAAGAAGAGAUCGAGGCUAGGGAAGUUGCUGACUCCUAUGCACAGAACGCCAAAGUGAUUGAAAAACAGCUAGAGCGCAAGGGCAUGAGCAAGAGACGACUCCAAGAGCUGGCUGAACUGGAAGCCAAGAAAGCAAAAAUGAAGGGGACCCUAAUUGACAACCAGUUCAAAUAACCAAGGCCAGCAUUUAGUUCAGGAAGCAAAAUAGCUUCUUGAUGUCAUGGACUAAUUUAUGUUUAUGUCCUAGGAGAAAGCUUCACGACCUCCCUGCUGAAUUUCCUUCAUUUAGUGAGCUAUUGCUUUUUUUUUUCUUUCUUUGAAGUCUUUGUUUCUAUUUCAAAUGUUUUCUAGGAUUUAAAAAAAUCUUAUAUAAGUAUUCUAUACUAUGAAUUUUUGAGACAGGUUCUUAUUAUAUAGCCAAGGAUAGCCCUGAACUUGUGAUCCUCCUGCCUUAGCCUCUUGAGUGACAUAAUUAUAGGAAAGUACCAAUAUGUCCAGCUUCUGUAUAAGUUUUUUUCCAUUCAAAGCACAUUCCUUCAGCUAUGUAUUUAUAAGUGUAUCAGUGCUUAAGUGUCUCAAAGAAAAAAAACUAUGGUGUAGGAGGAAAAUGACAUAAUUAUAUUUAAAGCUACAAGUUGAAUCAUCUUAAGAAACUCUUCCAACACUCAGGAGGCAGAGGCAUUCUGAUAUCUGUGAAUUCCAGGCCAGCUGGGGCUUUGGGGAGACCCUGUCUAAAAAGUGCCAAAAAAAAGGAAAGAAAGAAAGAAAGAAACUCUGUCUCUGAUCUUAGAAUUGGCUACGGUUUGAAUCUUCCUACUGUCAGUAGAAAUCAGUUAAAAGCCAAAAUUUGUAUACAUCUUUCUUUACUUAAAAUAUUUGAUUUAUAGGUGAGUCUUGCAAUGUCAGACUUUGUACUUAAAGAAGGGAAAGCGAUGUGGCUGUUGGGGGUGUAGCUCAGUGAUGAGGUACAUGUUAGGCAUGUGUGAGGCAUCCUCAACACCAAAAAACAAAAAAGGGAAGCCAGAUUAUAGGUGCAGGGGUAGGAUAACUUGGGUAUGAAUUAAAAUAUAAAAUAUAAUUCUGCUAAGUAACCCAACCUUGAGUCAGCUAAUAGUGCUACUCUGAGUAACAUUACAGAUACUGAGCUAAAAUUAUCUGUUGGAUGUCUUCUUUUACAUUUGCUAUUUGCCAGGGAGUAUUUUAAGUAUUUAUAUCAAUCUGCUUCAGUGGUAUCAAUAGCCAUGUGAUUGUUACCAUAUUUCUAAUCUGUUCACCUGUAUUUCAAAGUGUGGGAGACACAAAGUGUAUUACCUGCCUCAUAUUAUCUAUAAUGGAUUGCACUUUUUAAAUAUCCAAGGCUUGUUUGGGAAUUGCUGCCAGGAAAUAGUUUUCUUUGCUUUUUGCUCAUUUCCUUUUUUUGCGGAAAUGUAGGGGUAGAAGUGAGCUAGCAAGAACUGGGCCAAAGAGGAUUGGGGAUCCUGGGGAAGCCCAGAGUUGGGGUUAUGUUACCAUCUCCCAUCUUCCUUCCCACCUCAUUUCCUGUCCCAGUUGUGAGACAGAAUUAACAACCAUGUAAGUGACCAACCGUGAUCACCUCCCAGUUUCUCAACCUCACACUCACACAAUAAGCUCUACUUUACUCCAUUUUAUCCCCAGUGCCCAUGUGCACAGGUUGAAUAGACUUCCACCAGUUAUGAAACUCAGGGUUCUGUUGUCUGACUGCAGCGUCCAACUGCUGCUAGUCUUCUAUGCUCACUUCUUUGUAGACCUUUUAAGGUUUGUUUCUAGAUUUGAGGAGUGAUUAUUUAUUAGUAAUAAUGAAAAUAGUAGUAAUAGCAACAAUAAUACUACUAUCCAUUGAGGAAUUGGUGUGCAUCAGAUGCUGUGGAAAGCACUUUAGAGGUAUUAUCUCACUCUUACAGUAUGUCCUAUGAGAUAGGUUUAACUGUUGCCAUCCCCAUUUCACAAAUGAGUACCCUGAAGCUCAAAGUUUCCCAAGAUCCUCUAGGCAGUAAUUGACAAAACCCCAAAUCUGACUUUAAAACCUGAGCUCUGUACUAUGCUGAACUACUUCUCCUGUGGAAUCUUUAAAAUAUAUAUUAAUAAGAGACAUAUUGAACUUUUGGAAAAUUGUACUCUUUUUUGUGUAAAUUAUCAACUGUGACAAAAAUAUGAAAAUGUUGUGAAAUAUUCCCACUCUAAUCAUUGGUGACAUUUGGAAAUGUAAUUUUAUUGUUCAAGAGAAGUUGAAAAGCUUUGUAGAGGCUAACCUGUCUUGUUGGGUGUGCUGGCAUGUGCUUAUAGUUUCAGCAGCUGAAAGGAUCGCUUGAGCCCAGGAGUCCAAGACCAAUCUGGGCAGCAUAGCAAACAAGACUCCAUCUUAAAAUAUAAAAAAUAAAAUUAUAGACUAAAAUAA